UUUUUCUCGCCGGCCCCUCUUUUCUCUUUACACCCCUCUCCGCCUGUCUGCGCCUGUCCCCUCUCCCCUCGCCAUUCCAUUCCUCCGCCCCCACCGCCAUUUCGCCGAUUCCGGCCGCCGCCUAGGGUUUCUCGCCCAGCCUCAGCGGCGGUAUCGGGAAGUUUGUCCCGCUCCCCGGCGGCACGCGGCGUCCGGAGCAGGAGGAGGAGGCGGAGGAGGUCAGUCUGUGUCUCUGUGAGCCCGGGGUGGCGGCGGCGGCGGCGGCGGCGGAGUGGGCUGUCGACGAGCGAGGUUUCGCGGGGGCGUAGGCUGCGGGUUGAUGAGGAGGUAGGACGCCGUGCGGGUUGCGGUGUUGGAGUGGCGACGGCGGCGGUGCGGAGGCGGCUUACAGGUGGCAGACAUGUAUUUCACCCGGCUCGAUGACUCGCCCAUGUUCAGGAAGCAGAUGCAAUCACUUGAAGAAGGUGCUGACAUGCUGAGAGAGAGAUGCUUGAAGUAUCACAAAGGUUGCCGUAAAUACACUGAAGGGCUAGGCGAAGCAUAUGAUGGAGAUAUUGCGUUCGCAAGUUCACUAGAAGCAUUUGGAGGCGGUCACAAUGAUCCAAUCAGUGUUGCCUUUGGAGGACCUGUGAUGACCAAAUUUACAAUUGCCUUGAGAGAAAUUGGAACAUACAAGGAAGUUUUGCGAUCCCAGGUUGAACAUAUGCUAAAUGACAAGCUGCUGCAGUUUGUGGACAUGGAUUUGCAUGAUGUGAAGGAUGCCCGAAAGCGUUUUGACAAGGCUAGCCUUCUGUACGACCAGGCUCGUGAGAGGUAUUUAUCCUUGAAGAAAGGAACAAGGACAGACAUAGCAACUGCAGUUGAGGAUGAGCUUCACAGCGCCAGAUCUUCAUUUGAGCAAGCUCGUUUCAACCUGGUCACUGCGCUUUCAAACAUUGAGGCUAAGAAGAGAUUUGAAUUUUUGGAGGCUGUUAGUGGAACAAUGGAUGCACAUCUUCGUUAUUUCAAACAAGUAUUGGCUUGUCAUUAUUUGCAUUCUGACAUUUCUUGGUUAUGCACAAAUGAUAUUCAAACUUCAUCUGCUGUUUUUUUUCAGGGAUAUGAAUUACUCCAUCAGAUGGAACCGUAUAUCAAUCAAGUGCUUGCUUAUGCACAGCAAUCAAGAGAAAGGUCCAACUACGAGCAAGCUGCUCUUGUAGAGAGGAUGCAAGAGUUCAAAAGGCAGAUUGACCGGGAAAGUCGGUGGUCACCAAACGGGAUGACUGAUUCCCCUAAUGGUGAUGGAAUACAAGCAAUUGGUCGAAGUUCACAUAAGAUGAUUGAAGCCGUCAUGCAGUCAGCUUCAAAGGGAAAGGUUCAGACUAUUCGGCAAGGCUAUCUCUCAAAGCGUUCUUCGAAUUUGAGAGGCGACUGGAAAAGGAGGUUCUUUGUCCUUGAUAAUCGAGGAAUGUUGUAUUACUACCGCAAGCAAAAUAGUAGACCAUCCAGUGGUUAUUCUAACCAACGAAGUAGCACUCCCAAUGAGCAUGGCUCUGGGCUGCUUAGCAGAUGGUUCUCAUCUCAUUACCAUGGCGGUGUGCAUGAUGAGAAAUCUGUAGCACGACAUACAGUAAACCUGCUAACAUCAACUAUUAAAGUUGACGCAGAUCAAUCAGAUCUAAGGUUCUGUUUCAGAAUAAUUUCGCCCACAAAAAACUACACACUGCAGGCAGAGAGUGCGAUGGAUCAGAUGGAUUGGAUUGAAAAGAUCACUGGUGUCAUUGCUUCUUUGUUAAGCUCCCAAUCCCCUGAACGGCGUCUACUGUUGAGCCCUAAGGGCAGUGGCCAUCAUCGAACAAACAGCGAAAGUAGUUCUUUCAGUAGCUCAACAGAACUUGACCAUUCCAUGAGUGAAGAUUUUAUGAUGGAAAAGAACUCAGGAAGUGGGUACUUUGAGCACUCCAGAGUCACACAACAUCAUCGAACCAGCAUGAGACCUGACAAGCCAAUUGAAUUGCUUAGGAAGGUGGUUGGCAAUGAUGUUUGUGCUGAUUGUGGUGCUGCAGAGCCUGAUUGGGCAUCCCUAAACCUCGGAGUCCUUGUAUGCAUAGAAUGUUCUGGUGUACACCGGAAUCUUGGUGUGCAUAUAUCUAAGGUAAGGUCUCUGACACUUGAUGUCAGGGUGUGGGAGCCAUCUGUAAUCAAUCUCUUCCAGUCUUUAGGCAACACAUUUGCCAACACUAUCUGGGAAGAAAUGUUAACUUCGUCAAGCAGUUUUGAUCAUGGUGAUACUUCGAGAGCUGAUGGAAUUGAAAACACACCAGAUAACUUGGCUGUCAGAAAGCCUAAACAAUCGGAUCCUAUCUCUCUGAAAGAGAAAUUUAUUCAUGCCAAGUAUGCUGAGAAAGAUUUUGUACGGAAGCAUAGUAUGGAUGAGACUCAGCUAGCACAACAGAUGUGGGAUCAUGUAAGUUCAAACAACAAGAUGGAGGUGUACAGUCUGAUAGUGCGAUCGAACGCCGAUGUAAAUCUAACUUAUGGGCAGACAUCAUUCAAUUCGGCUUUGACUCUUGGGAAAGCGCUUCUCUUACAAGAGCAACCGUCUUCGCCGUCAAAUGGUAGUUCUAGAUGCUUUGACCGUGGUGCAUCUGAGAAAAUUUCUCCCAGGGGUUCUCUUUCUCCUGCGAGCACGAGUGCGCGAACAGACGAAUUAGAUGGCUGUGCUGAGGGCCUAUCUCUGCUUCAUCUGGCAUGCCGUGUCGCGGAUAUAGGCAUGGUUGAGCUACUCUUGCAGUAUGGGGCCAGUGUGAAUUCCACGGAUUCUAGAGGCCGAACACCGCUUCAUCACAGCAUUUUGAAAGGAAGGCGCGUGCAUGCCAAGUUGCUCCUCUCCAGGGGUGCUGAUUCGCAGGCGACAGACCGUGAGGGUAGAACGGCAUUGCAGUACGCCAUCGACAGCGGAACCAUCGAGGACGAAGAGAUUCUUGUUUUGUUAGAAGACCCCAGGUAGAUAGAUGAUCCAGUAGCUAGACCUUGGGUUGAGCAGAGUUCCGGUUUGCCGCGCUCCGAUCUGAUGUGCCUUAUCCUGCUGCUCAACGGGCACGGCUCCAAGCUCGCCUCGCCGAUCUGAUCUCUGAUCCCAGCUCGUGUCAUGAAGAACAGUAUUAUAGGUAGUGUUCCAGAGAGACAGGGGGGGUCCCCCUCCCCCUGCCCCCACCCCGUUAUACUAGCGUGAGAUACCCCCCUAUCCCUAUGUAUUGUGGUUUUGCCGGGUUUUUGUUUGCAAGCAGAUAGAUGAUGACAGACGACGUUGUAAAAGUUUGUACAUGGCGCCGGACCCAGAGUGCCCGGCCCGGCCCGGAUCUGAUGGUGAUGAUGACGAUGUGUGUACAUAGUGAGACCGAUGUGUGGCAUGAAUGUGGUUUAAGCAGAGCA